AUGAAUUUCGGUAAGUGUCAUGAAUAAUAUAAUUUCUUUCAUAUUUUAGAAUUUAAUCAACAUUUUAACCUCCCAUCGACUUCAUUCCUCCAGAACCUCAAUGUCACGGCCAAAGGCCGGUGUGGAGAUUGUAUUGGAUGUCUAAGGCAGAGUAAUUGCGAGAAAUGUCUCAACUGUAUAGCCAAAAGGCCGUGUUUCAAGAGAAUCUGCGUUCAAUCGCAGAUAAUUCAACAAACUGCUGUUAAAAAUGAAUUUGGUAGGUGAUUUAGAGGAUCUUAUCAUUUGUUUUUAGGAAAUCAAAUUUUAAAAAUUUUUUUGAAUUAUAUUGUAGUAGAGAAAACGAAGCCAAAGAAGGUCGGGAAGAAGGUUGGGCGUCCAAGAAAGCCUUCCGGCGAAAGAAAACCACGGAAGCGCUCAGUCACAGCGAAUUCCCAAGCCAGAGAGAAGAACAAUCGAGACACACAACAACAAAAAGUUACUGUAAUCUCCAAAGAAGAGGUGAGAUUUUUACUUUUUUUGGUCUGAUUUUAGAAUCCUUGACAACGAAGAACCUCGCAGAUGAUUUUUCACCCCCAAUUAUUAAAUUUGACAGAGUGUUUUGCAAAAAUUUUUGCUAAAGUCGACCUUAUUUUAGGAGAAGGUACCCCGACAUUGUUAUGGUCCCCAAUGCGAAAGUGCCGCCCGUCCCGGAUCCAAGUACUGCUCAGACGAAUGUGGCCAGAAUUUGGCUCGAAAACGUUUGGCCCUCCUUUUACCGCAGAGGAUUCAAGAUUAUUACGAGCAGACGCCCAUGUGGAAGGUGGAAACUGAAGAAAAAAUACAAAAGCUGAGGAAUACACAGCUCGAAAUUGAAGAAACAUUGAAGAGAAUCGACGAUUGUGCGCAGAAUUUGAAUCUGUAUUUUACGGUGAGUUCGGAUUUUGAGGUGAAAAAAUUUUGAAAUCGCAGUGCAAAUUUUUUUUUGAAAAAAAAAUCUGUUUUUUUUUUUGCACUGUGCUUGUGGCCACUGAAAAAAAUUUGAUGGGGGUUCUAAUUGAGUCCGACGGAAGUCGGUUUUGUAAUUUGUCGAAAAUUUUUGGUACAAACUUACAAUGAGGGACCUGAUCCAAUGGCAAAAAACGUUCCAUUUUGCAUCCGGGAAGUAUCAAAAAUGUUGCAAAAUGUCUCCCUCUCCAAUUGAAAAUACUUCGUUUUGAAGGCUUCCUCACAAAAAGAGCGGAUGCGCUUUUGAAAUGGGAGUUUUUUCACUUGGAGACGGAGGUAUUUUGCUGCAUUUUUGAUACUUCCCGGAUGCAAAAUGGUGCGUUUUUGGCCAACGGAUCACGUCCGCCACACGUUCAAGAAUUAAUUGUGGCCUUUCAACAACAAAAUAAUCGAAAAUCACCCCCAAAAUUUUCAGACUCUAGCUUCGGGCCAACCGAUUUACCAUCGACCCGCCCAACAAGACGAGGACUCAACUUUUGUCCAUUCCUGUAUGGUCUGUGGCAUGGAAGUGCCGGUAAAAGCCCUGCCGAAGCACGUCCAACGUUGCUUUGUUCGAAUCGAAAAACAGUCCAGCUUUGGGACCAGCCAUAAGUUCGGAAUCAACCCGCACAAUAUCAUGUGCGAGAAGUUUGAUAAAAACACAAAAACUUUUUGCAAAAGAUUGAGAGUUAUUUGCUCGGAACACUACCGAGACGAGAUUGGAUCCAGCUUUAAGGUAAAGGAAUGGAAUUUUUGAGGUUUGGAGGAGAAAUUUUUUAGGAUUUUUUGAAAAAAAUUGUAAUUUUUAAAAUAUUUUUGAGGUUUAUUGGGUCAAAAAUUGCUUGAUUCUUAUAGGUUAGGGUCUUGUUGCUUUGAAAAACACAUUUUUAAACCUCUGAAGAUAAAAAAUGUGAUUUUUCUGUUGAAAAGUUAAAUUUUUUUCAAUUUUAGCACAUUAAUUUAGACUAGGGCUCGAGACUUCGCAGCCUGCGGCUGCUCACGUCUCUCGGGCAGUCCUGCGGACAAAGGCAACUUUGCGCCCGGUAUCGCUGCUUUUCGCGCGAUUUGGACCUGUUCAACGUCGAAAACAACAUAAACGCUCGCUAAAGCUUUGCCGACGGCCUCCGGCCGCGGCAGAGAAACGCUACGCGUUAGACUGAGCCUAGUAGAAAGUUGUAGCGUUUUUUAGACCCAAAAGUUAGGAUCGCUAAGCUUUCCCUAAUCGCUAAGCUCAGGCCAGUCCCAGAUUGCUAAGCCGGGUUAAAGAGCCCGCCGGCAUGAGGCGACGGCCUACGGCCGCCGCGAGACUACAUUUUGUUACCUAAAAUAAUCUCCCUUCCACCCAAACUUGAUCAGAAGCUCAUACAAUAAGGAAAAAUCAACUAAAAAACUCGAAAAAAUAGACUCAGCACUCAAAAUUAUCCAAAGCCAAUAUUUUUCCCGAAAUCGCCGUCAAAUUUGGCCCUAAAACGGCCAAAUCCCGAGAAUCCAGGACCAAAAAAAAAUUUUACAAAAAUUUCUCGAAAAAAUCCAGAAAACCCCGUCAUGAUGACCGGUUCCUCACCACCCUCCUCAUUCUCAGCUCUCUCUCCGUCUUAUCUCUGACCGGAAUCGAAAGAGAAAACCUUUGUCUAACCACCCUCCACCCCUUUCCCACUCUCUCUUUUCUCCCGCCAAACGAAGAAGGAAGCGGUUCUCUGCCCGCUCUCUCUCUUCCCCGCGCUCUUUUUUUGUGUUUUCGUCCGUGGAAGUGGGCGUUUUUUCAAAACUGGCACUUGUUCCACUAAAAGUACCGGGGAAAAAGAUACGACUAUGUCCGAAAUGACAUAGAGGUUCCGAAUAUGUAACUUUUAGACUAAUUUUAGUUGGAAAUUUUUGGGAUUUGACGACUUUUCCGAUUCGGGAUUUUUUGGGACCGCCGCUUCAAACACGAUUUCUGAUCAUAUCUCUCGGAAUCGUAUCCCAGCUUCUGGUUGUAGAAUCCUUACUAAAUUGUCUAUCAUGUAACGGGCGGGAUUUUUGAAUUUCGAACUUGUUCCCGAGCUAUAGUAACUUUCGUGAAAGUAAGUAAAAUCGAAAAAUUCGGAAAUUCGAAUACUGCUUUUUCAACCUGUGCGUGUUUUAGGAAUCGACAUCUGUUUCUGUAGCAGUUCAAUGUGCUGAAUACGACGGACAAAAUUAAAAUCCGAAAAAGUUCGAUUCCAAGCCCUCAGGGCCGAAUUUUGGCCGAAAUUUCGAAUUUUUUUUUCGACCGCACGGUGCGCACAGAAUAUUGCAAGUAGAAAGCUGAAACUUGGCACGAUGGUAGUCCAUUUUGUGUCCUAUAGCACCCAUAUGAUCAAUUUGUUCAACCCCGCUAACUGCCCUGAGGGCGAUUUUUUUCGCACGGUGCACCAAAAAUCGACCGAAAUUUCCGGCCGCUCUGGCGGCCGUAAUUUCAAAGAUACGAAGACGAUGUAAGCGGGUAAUUUGUAGAGCUCUUCGAGCUCUACAAUCUAUAGCUGGACAUUUUUGACAUCGUUGUUGUACAUCAGAGCGAGAAAUUUGAAAAAGUCAAAAUGUUGAAAAUUUCGAAAAAUUUCGUUUUCCGUCGGGAGAUUCUAUUGAGGACAUGGCUACGUAGAAUGUUCUGAAAAAAUUUUGUGACAAUCUUCGAGCAAAAAGAAAUCGAUCAGCGAGCCGUUUUUUCGAAUUUCGACCUGGGAGCCGAGAACGAAUUUUUUGAAAUUCGCACUGUGCAAAUCGUAUUUUUUACAGUAAGCCAUAGCUAAAAUACGAAGUGCACUACAAAAAAGAAAGACACGCACUAAUAGGAAGUCGGGUACGUAGAAUUCAAUGGAAUCGAAAAAAUCCAGAAAUUCCGUCAUCAUGACGGGGUUUUGUGUAAGUGUAAGUUUGUACAUGGCCGUAUCUACACAUACAUGGAGUUAUCUCUUAGUUAUCAAUUUGCUUUCCCGAUAUGGACCUGUAGAAGCUUGCAUUUCAAUAUUCCCCGGUCUAAUUAAAAGAUACGAAAAAAGGUCUUUUUUUGAGAUUUUUUUCGUAAAUUUUGAAAUUUCGAAAAAAUUUCGACAGUGAUUGUCCCAUUAUGUACCAUACGCGACGAAACCAAAAAUCAAGCCCAUACCUAUAAAACGAAGCGAGAUAUGACAGCUCAAAGUUUCGACUUUUCAUGACGUCAUAGGUCACUCAAAAUUGAAAAUUUCGAAAUUUUUUUUCAAAUACUCAAAUAGAGGAUCUAAAAGAACCACCAUGCCAAAAAUCAAGUCAAUCGGGGCAAAACAAAAGUAUAACCACAAACCCUACGAAUACUUGUAUUUUUUUUUAGAUUUUUGAGCGAUUUUGGAUUUUGAACAUGGAUUUAGUGCCCUAAAAAUGAUACUAGAUUUGUUGGCAGUCUGUCACAUUCUUAUUUUUGGGUGUUUCAAGAAAUUUGGCGGAAAUUUUUUGCGAAUAUCUUUGAGCUCUCCGGAGUUAUCGCGGAAAUUCUUCUUGUUUCCAAAAAAUUGAAAUUUUGUAACCAGCAAAAAACUUUUUUUUUCGUCGGCGGAGAGGGCAGGCAAGUUGUAACAUAAACAUAAUUUUGGCCGUUGUAACAAAGUUUUCAUCAUGUAAUACGGUGUAUUUUUUUUUUUCAAAAAAGUCGCAAAUGUCCUCGCCGAAAACUGCCCUCUCCGCUGACGAAAAAAAAAGUUUUUGCUGGUUACAAAAUCGCCCAACUUCAAUUUUUGGAAGCAAGAAGAAUUUCCGCGAUAGCUCCGGAGAGUUGAAAGAUAUUCGCAAAAAUUUUCUACCGUUUUUCUUGAAACACCCAGAAAUAUGAAUGUGACGCAAUGCCAACACAUCUAGUAUCAUUUUUAGGGCACUAAAUCCAUGUUCAAACUCCAAAAUCGCUCAAAAAUCUAAAUUAAUGUGCUAAAAUUGAUAAAAAUUUAACUUUUCAACAGAAAAAUCACAUUUUUUAUCGUCAGAGGUUUAAAAAUGUGUUUCCCAAAGCAACAAGGCCCUAACCUACAAGAAUCAAGCAAUUUUUGACCCAAUGAACCUCUAAAAUAUUUUAAAAAUUACAUUUUUUUCUAAAAAUCCCAAAAAUUUUUUUCCCUAAUUUUCAAGAAUCAAGCAAUUUCUGAAAAAGUUUCUGCCAUUUUUCUUGAAACACCCUGUACAGUGGGGGACGUGAUCCAGUGGCAAAAACCAUGCCAUUUUGUAUCCGGGAAGUAUAAAAAAUGUGGCAAAAUGCCUCCCUCUUCCAGUGAAAAAAACUUUUGGAUUGGAUUCUUGGCAUUAUGCAACAGAUCAGGUCCGUCACUGUACAGGGUGUUUCCGGAAAUAUGGCAGAAAGUUUUUCAAAAAUUGCUUGAUUCUUGAGAAUUAGGGAAAAAGAUUUUUGGGAUUUUUGGAAAAAAAUGUAUUUCGUUCAGAUUUGCGGCUACCCGCUGGCCUGGACCCGAGUCCGAUCCCUUCCACUGGAGGAGAUGUUCCUCAAAAUGGACAUCCUCGAGGACGGGAUGUGCAUGAACGAGAGGAAAACGUGCGAAACCCACUACAUGUGGGAGCAAGCGGCCUCGGCGGUGAUCGAAAACCAACGCCUCCAGCAUUUACUCCGCAUCGACGAGAUCCAAGACCAGUACCGAAGACUGGCCGAAUCGCAUGCUGUGCAACGAAAUGCCAUCACUGUUUUGAUGAAUUCCAGAACUACUCAUGGACAAAUCCCCGAAGACAUUCAGCAAAAACUAGGCCCACCUAGGAGCGUCCGCGUUUUCAAGGAUGAUGACAUUGAGAUGGUCAAUGUGGAAGAUGAUGGAAUUAACUCGCAAAUGAAUGAACUUCAAGUUGGAUAA